AGGGCUGGCCGGAUUGCAGUGAACUGCUCUCUCAUGUACACAUGAAAGCUGUGGCACACGAAGCCAGACAGGAGCUGGCAUGUUAGGGAGUGGAGCAAACCAUCCGAGUAACCAAAAGAGGGGGAUUGCAACACAAGCAGCUCUGAAAAUGCACCAAUGAGUUCCAGCUGCACGAAUUUCUGUGGGACUCCGACGUGGGCUAAGGGAGAGAGGGAGCGCGAUAAAACCUGCGUCGGCAGUUUCUGCCGAGAGCACAAACGUUGCUGAAAAAGACGUUGCACCCCUUUCAUGCUUCCCAAUAUAUGUGGGAACUCAGCCGUGCACCACAUGUAGUCUGUUGCUGCCGGAGCAGCAGAGAUGUGGCAGUGAAGUUUGCCUCAGCCACAGUAACUCUUCCUCACUUCAGUGAAUCUUCAGCGGACAUUACACUUGGACUGCUAAGGAUUUAGGUGGCUGUAUGUGGCAACUUCCUUCGUGGCAUCCCGUGGAGAACUUUCAGCGCUGCAGGGAGUGUUAUGACACAUGAGAGUUGCCCUUCCUCUUGCGAGUGUAUGAUGAAGAGGAUUUGCUUGCGACUAUCUUUCAUUACAGUUCAAUGGUCUGACUUGUAAUGUGAAAGAUCCCUGGGGCACCUGGGAAAACCAUCUGACAGCCUGCUUGGCGUGAUGAGCAAGUUCACCUUUCAGAACAACAAAGUAAUGCAGGACCGCCGGAGUGUUUGUGUCUUCCUUCCGAACGAUGAAGCUCUCAACAUUAUUGUGAAUGUUAAAGCGUUGUGCCAAGAAUUAUUCAUUCAAGUCUGCGACCUUCUAAGGCUUAAAGACUGUCAUCUUUUUGGGCUCAGUGUCAUACAAAAUAAUGAACAUGUUUAUAUGGAGCUGAUGCAGAAACUCUACAAAUAUUGUCCAAAGGAAUGGAAGAAGGAAGUAAGCAAAGGCAUUGACCAGUUUGGUCCACCAAUGAUUAUUCACUUCAGGGUACAGUACUACGUGGAGAAUGGGAGAUUAAUUGGUGACAGAGCAGCUAGAUACUAUUAUUACUGGCAUUUACGGAAACAGGUUCUUCAAUCCCAGUGCAUGCUACAUGAAGAGGCCUACUUUCUACUUGCUGCCUAUGCAUUACAAGCAGACCUUGGCAACUACAAAAGGCACAAACAUUAUGGAAAAUACUUUGAGCCAGAAGCUUACUUUCCUCCUUGGGUGGUUACCAAGCGAGGAAAGGAAUAUAUUUUGAAACACAUUCCAAAUAUGCACAAGGACCAGUAUGCACUUACAGCCUCAGAAGCUCAUCUCAAAUAUGUCAAGGAAGCUGUCCAGCUGGAUGAUGUGGCUGUUCAUUAUUACAGACUAUAUAAGGAUAAAAGAGAGAUUGAGGCCUCACUGAUGCUGGGCUUGACUCUUCAAGGACUUCAGAUAUUUCAGGUUGUGGGUGAAUCUAAACAGUUGUUGUAUGAUUUUCCUUGGACUAAUGUUGGCAAGCUUGUAUUUGUGGGGAAGAAAUUUGAAAUCCUGCCGGAUGGUUUGCCUUCGGCUAGAAAACUCAUUUACUACACUGGCUGUCCCAUGCGCUCCAGGCACCUGCUCCAGCUCCUUAGUAACAGCCAUCGUCUCUACAUGAACCUGCAGCCUGUCCUACGACAGGUCAGGAAACUGGAAGAGAAUGAAGAAAAGAAGCAGUACAGAGAAUCUUACAUCAGUGACACCAUGGAAAUGGAUAUUGAGCAGUUGGAGAAGCGAUCAAGAGCCAGUGGCAGCAGCGCAGGCAGCAUGAAACAUAAACGUCUUUCCAGACACUCUACAGCCAGUCACGGCAGUUCUCACACUUCAGGCAUCGAGGCAGACACCAAACACAGGGACCUUGGACCAGAGGACAGUUUCAGUGGACACAUCCUUCAUAGGAAACUCAAAUCCUGCAACUCAAUGACCAGCCACGGUAGCUCACACACCUCGGGCGUCGAGAGCGGUGGGAAAGACAGAAUAGAGGAUGACUCACAGGAUGAUGAAAUAGAAAUGCUGGUUGAUGAUCCCAAGGACUUGGAGCAGAUGAAUGAACUGGCUCCAGAUGUUAGUGCUGACAUGUGUAUUCACAUCACGGAGGAGAUGCUCAUGUCACGGCAGCUGAAUGGACAUGCGGGAUUGAUUGUGCGUGAACUGAGUUCCUCAACAUCUAGUUCUUCAGAAACAGUGGUGCGACUUUAUGGUCAAAGCAUAGAUUCAUUACCACAGCCUGUGUACAGAAAACCAAAGACCUCGUCAGACCGGCACAGCCAGAGCUUGGAUGAUAUCCGCCUUUACCAGAAGGACUUCAUGGAGAUAGCCACCCUCGGCCAAGACACUGCUCAGAGCUACACAUUCGGUUGUGCUCAUAAUUUGAGUGAGGAAGGUAAUUGCUGUAACCGCUGCUUGGCAGAGCAGUAUAGUUCAACAAAGGAAACAUUCAUAGUCAAACGAACAAGUAAAUAUUCAUCUCUGGACCUCACAGCUGAUGACUCUGUUCCUGAAUUUGUAGUUUGAGCAUUAAGAUUUAACUAUGCAUUGGUGAAAUGUACUGUAAGCCUGGCUGCCUACUGCAUUCACAAUGACCUUUCAAAGCCAUUACCUACACUUCUAUCAAGCUGAAAAUCUUUUUAUUUCAGCUUUCCAAUAAACAGCCAGUUUAUAUCCUGCAGUUCUUCCAUAUUUCUGGACAAAAACAGCUGACGAAGCAAUGGAUGCCAAGAAACCAAAGAAAAAUGUUCAGUAGGAACCUAAGAUGUAUAUUUUUGCAAGAUUGAGAAAGAACGUUCGGCUAAAGCAAGCCCACAAGAAUUCUUUGCACAUUUACUUUUCUGUGAAGAAUCAAAUCCAUCGUGUUCAGUAUUACACAGACCGAUCUUUCGACAGGACUUUUUUAACUGAGCAAAAUAGUUGAAAUGUUAUGAUUUAGUGGAACCUUAGUGUUCUUAAUACUUGUGUGUUAGAGGCUUCAUUUUAUGUUGUUGAUCAACUUCUUCAAAGUGUCUCAUUUAAUAUGUAGACAUGACCUUGGUACUGUGAACCUUUAAGUGUUGUGCUCCUGUACCUUUUCUCAUUUGUCAGUUGUGUAUGUAUGCAGUGACAAUCAAAAAUGCUUCUCUAUCCACUGACUCCCACUACCAUCAAUAAUAUAAGAUGUAAAAUAGAAAAUUACAGAUGCUGUGGGAAUUUAUUUGACUUGUUGAUAUCUUCACACGGGGAUGCAAGGAAACUUGGGAUUGGUGGCUGGGCUGAAUUUUCUUCCAGUUAGUUGGUUAAUUCCAGUUACUGGAAAGAUGCAUGUGUAAAUGUGUUGGCAGGUGACAAGAAAUGACAAGAGUUCCGAAGCAGAGAGAAUUUGUGUGUUAGUAAAAGUAAAGCUGGUAGGAUGCAUGGAUAGCCUCACUAAGUUUCAGUGUACCAAGGAACAUAUUCACACAUCAAAGAGUUUUGAAUGCAAAAGGGUUGAACUCAAGGAUAUAUUAUUUUUGUUUAUAUUUAGUUAUGCAGUACACUUUGGGAUAGAGAUUUGUCCUUGGUUACAUGCACUAAAUGCUUGAUAUUGUACUUCCGAAAUGCAGUUACCUUGAUUUUAGCCACAAUUGUAUUGUCCAUUUAGCACAUGUGAGCAAGGAUGAACUUCCACCCAAAUCUCAGCUCCAUUAUGUUUCUAAAAGCUUUUGUAUCUGAUCUAUUGUAGAUUGGUUUAUUAGCCACAAUUUAGAUCACUGCACCUAGGUUUCAGUGGUUCUUUAGGAUAAAUAUGAUACAAAAUAGUAUGUCAGUCAAGUGUUCAUUUCAAGCAUUAGUAUCAAGCAUACCAAAAUAAAAAUGUCUCAUGUAAAUGAAGGGAUUCACAGAAAUGGAAUGUGAUAGCAGAGGUCUUGAACAGCUUUUGGUAUCCAUCAUGUUUCAGUUGUACUACAAGUGUAAUAGUUAAUAAGGGAAUUAAUGGAAUAUGAAAUAGGAAAUCUUUUCAGUUUUAAGAUAAACUGGUGUUUACAUUGAGGCAGAAAUUAACUAUUAGAAUGAAUUGCUUUGUGAGGCAAAGUAGCUUGGUUAUCAAAUAGCUAACUUUUCAAUUUGAUCAGUCUUUUGCAAUACGUUAAUGGUUACCAUAUUUUAACAUUUAGCUGUGUUUUUGCAACUGGAAUAGUUUCUUAAAAUAUUUUUUGAUAUAAAACUUGUUUUUAUUGGUAUUUUUAUAUAAUGGAUAUUUUUACAUGAAAUUAUAUUAAUCAAGUAGCUGUAAAGUGCAGUGCAAUUUUUAGCAGUAUUAUGACAAUCGUUAGCAGGCGUGGAAGCAGUAUUAUAAACUGGGGUUAAUAUUUGUAGUUCAAACUUGUGUUUGGGUCAGAAAGUGAACUGGCCAUGUGGAAAUUCUGGAUUACUCUUUCCUUUCUCAUAAGUGUGCUUUUGGUUUCAGGGGAGACCUAAGAGUAAUGAUGUUAUUUCAAGAAAGGUUGGUGACAUAUUUUCGAACUGUAAUUGAGCAAAGGUGAACUCCAUAAUUCAUUCUGCAUUCAGUAACAUUCAGCAAGCAAACUAAUAAUCGAGGCAUAUUGGACUCAGUGACCAGAUAGAUGAACGAGGUUUUCAUCAGUCUUCUGGAUUUUUUCUAUUCUCUGUAACCUUAAAAAAAUAUUCCUAAUGUUGUCACUGAAUGAUCAAAUAAUACUAAGUUGUAUUCAUGAAAAGUUAUGAUUGGAUAUCAUUUUUAAAAAUAUAUCCAGUGGCUGCAAGAACAUGUCAGAAACUGGGUACUCUGUGAUGAGUGAUGUGUCAGAAUAGUAUCCAUUUGGUGGACAGGUGCAGUUCCAUCAACAGAAGAAGUUCAACGUUAUCCAGGACAUGGAAGCUUUCUUGAAUAGCAUCCCACUCACCACGUUGAGCAUUCACUUCCUAUAUUUCCGCACACUAUUGCUACAUUGCAUCCAUUAGAUGCACUGCUUUUCAUCAAGGCUUCUCCAACUGCAUCCUCUAUUGCCACCACCUUCCAUUGUAACUCAUCAGUUUAAUUGGAAAACAUCGCUGGUGGUUCUUUUUCAAGGGGUCAAAAAUCCUGGAACUCCUGACCUAAGAGCAUUGUGGAGUUAUCUACAACACACAAACUGCAGCAGUUCAAGAAGACAGCUCACCAAAUUCUCAAGGGCAGUUAUGAAUGGUCAAUAGAUGUUGGUCUUGCUUACAUUACAUGGAAAAUUAAAAUAUUUUCUAUGGUUUAGAUCAUAUUCAAUUUGAAAAUGCUCCUCAUGCUUAAACUUUUUAAAAGCUCAAAUUUCUUCAGUAAUUUUUUUUAUUCGCAUAUGAAAUCUUGAUGAUAAAUCUUAAAAAUUCUUUUUGUGUGAACGAUGUCCUGUUAAACAUAGACUCUGAUUGGAGAUUCAGUGACUUAUCCACAAAAUUAAGAUGAGGCUACUGAAUUAUUAGAGUUACAUAUUUCACAACAAUUGUAUGUUAGUUAUUUUAAUGAAAUAAUGCCAAAGGAUUGUUAUUGUUAGCCUAAACUGGAAUUGAAGUCACACAUUAUUACCGGUAAUGACAGGGGAGUUUUGCUUCAGUUACAGGAGUCUUGCAUUUAAAAGAUAUUUGGACUGCUAGGAUAAUGUUGAAAUUCUAUCUAGCAGAAGACGGCGAUCUGUAUCGCUCAUAAUACCUUCAUUUCCACAUAUAGUUAUCUAUCAGGGUAUAGUACAAGAUUGCAGUGUUUCAACAGGUAUAGAUCAAUCCAUUUGCCUUUAGCAAGCAUGAACGUAUAAGCAAGUUCAUAUGCAUAGAGAGUCCCAUAAAUGCUAAUGUAAAAUGAAUAAAUUAAACUAUUCAAGAAAGGAACAAUGAUGCAGGCUUAAACAAUUUUUGUUAGCUAAUGCUUAAAACAAAUCCCAAUUUAUAGACUUAAUUUAAUGUGUACAUUUUUUCCAAGAACCUAUAAAACUUUCAGUCCAAAUAUAGCUUCAUAUGGAAGAGCUACGACAGUAGGUUCAAAUCAAGUGCCCAGAAGAAGUGGAUUGUAAGUUAACUCUCUUGUGCCUGACACACCAACGAUGGUGUAGUGAUUAUUUGUGCAGAAUUUAAAGGAACAUCAAAUUUGGCAGUUUAUCAAGACUCUGUACAUUAACUGACAAGUUUCUUAAAACUUUUGACAGUCUGAUAUCAAUUGUCAUACAGCAAAGUAACCUCUUUUAAAAUCGUGAAUAUUCCCUUAAAUUUCCAGAUUUGUCAGAUCUAUAUCAAGUGCACAGUUUUUUUUUGAAAACUACUACAUUACAUUGCUGAUUCUAUUGGUUCUUUAUGCAAUGUGCAUUCUUGGACAGUUAAAUAGCCUGCCCAUUUGAAACAAAGAUCUUGUCUGUUAAUGUGUGUUCCUCAAAAUUAACCUGUCACAUUGCGAGGUUUUUGAAAUAAUGAUUCCAAAUCAAUUAAUGAGAAGGGGCAAAUAAAAGUUAAUGGACGCAGGGUUUUCUACUGUGCAUGUUCACUGCUCGUAUGAUAGGAAAAGGGUCCCUACUUUACAAUGAGUGAUCAUUCAAUACUAAUUAAAGUUGGAAUAGAUUGCUGCCUCAAGGAAGGUCAGUUAAACUUACUGAAUUAUAUAGCCAGUGGGUGUGUCAGCUUCAAAUUUCUUGUAAUGUUUGCAAAGUGAUUUAUGAAACUUCCACACAGAUGGAUUCUUUUUGAAUCAUCACACUUCUGCCUCUUGCAAACAUGUUAUGCUUGCAGUUUUGUUUUCUUAUUUUUUUUAAAUGCUAUAGAGAACUUGAGCAUCACUCGACCAAUGACAUCUGGAACUGUGCCAAAAGGCCACAUGUUAUUUAUUUGCAAACCAGGAUUUAUGCAUUAAUUUAAAAAUAUGGCCAACUUUUCAACAGCUUAUAAAAAUUGUUUGCUACAUUUCAUAUCCUUUACUAUAAUAAUUGCACAAACUGUAAAGAUUCCUUUCUGUGAAAGGAAAUCCUGUCAGGAUAUGUAAAAUAAGAGAACAUUUUGCAACCUGUAUCUGAACUACUUUGAAAAAAUGAAGUCCAGUGAGUACCUUCAAGGUGCAAAUGCCAUUAUAUAAUAAAAA